UACUCGCUCUGCUUCACGAUCAUUGCAACUUGUCGUAAACGCAGUAAGUAGUUGUUCGUGUACCUUCGAGAGAGAGUUAAAAAAAAGUGUCAGAUACGUGCAAAAGUGAACGCACGAGAUCAGGUUCCUAUUUUAGUAGUCACCAUAAAAUCAUGAUAAUCGAGCUGCGCCUGUUUCGCUGAUACGUGGAUUUUCGUAAUUCUGCAUUUUUAUAAGUACUUACUACUUUUUGUUGUAUUUUUAUUUUGCUCUUCUAUACGCCUGUGUAUACAUCCUGAAAGAGAUUUUUUUUACCUUACGUACAUACGUGUGUGUACACUUGGUGUAGGCGUGCAUAUGUGCAGUGUUAUAAUUUGCAAUACGUGGAAGAAGUACUUACUUGAUAAAAAGACGAGUAAGAAAAGGGGAAAAAAUAAGCUUACAUAUACCUACAGGAACGUCAGCAGUCACACCACAGCAUUGCAUAUAUUUAUCUGAUUUUACCUGCUUGUCAACAAGAGAGACGUACACCGAGAGUGUUGUACUUAUAGCUCAUCCACAAGAUGGUGACGACGGAGAAGCAGCAGCAACAACAGCAGCCCGGGCCGUCGAAGCCGUCGGGCUCGACGAGCGAAGAAAAGGAGCGCGAUGACCGCAUGUUCGAGUGCAACAUUUGCCUGGACACGGCUAAGGAUGCCGUCGUCAGUAUGUGCGGACACUUGUUUUGUUGGCCCUGUUUACAUCAAUGGCUAGAAACUCGUCCUACCAGACAAGUCUGUCCUGUCUGUAAAGCUGCAAUAAGUAAAGAAAAAGUAAUUCCGCUUUAUGGACGAGGAAAUACAAAACAAGAAGAUCCAAGGAAUAACGUUCCACCGCGCCCUGCUGGUCAGAGGUCAGAGCCUGAAGCUAAUGUAGGUUUUCCUGGUUUCGGUUUCGCGGACGGCAGUUUUCACAUGUCAUUUGGCAUUGGAGCAUUUCCUUUUGGUUUCUUCACCUCGACCUUAAACUUUGGUGACCCGCGGCCAGCUACAGAUCAUGUUGCAGCGCCACGCGGUAGUCCUCAGUUUGAAGAAGACACUUUCCUGUCAAAAUUGUUUUUAUGGCUGGCGAUCGCUUUCAUCAUUUGGCUUCUCCUGGCAUAACGUUAUUCCCGAAACAUGGCAUCACCUGGACGUAAGUCCAAUCAUCUACUUCGUAUACUAAACGCAUCGAUUUUUCCCUGUAUACUGUCAAGAUGAAACUUUUGCAAUAGUGAAAAUUAAUAAGUUUUACGUGGUGUUAAAUGAGAAUUGUGUUUUAUCUCUUCAACGAGACCCUCUUUUUUUGAUCUUUCAAAGCAGAUACAAAUAUUUGUGUAUUGCAUCAAUGCUCGUUGUUGCAUCUCAACUUGUUGAUGAGUGAAAGAUUCAAUGUAAGGAGUGAGUGCUCUCAUUGUUGACUAAUAUUUUUUCGAGAUAACUCAAAAUAUUUCAAAUAGCGUGAAAUUUUUGUAGACGAGCGUUUUCCCUUUUUUCCUAAAAUAACUCUGUAUAAAUUAAGAGUAAGGUUUGACUAUAUUAUUUGACCAUAAUCUGUCGGUUUUUAUGUCAUCUGCGAAAAUUUAUGAAGGGGCCUGGUUUCGGAGGUGCUGUUGAUAAUUAUUUACUUGUGUAUAUAUAUAAAUAUCUUUAGCUGCAUAAAGUAUUCGUCUAUUAUAUUGGAAGUCUAGAUUUACAUACUUUUAAAUAUUAUUCUUAAUGAUAAAGCCAUGUUCAGUUAUUGACACACACUGCACAGCCUUUAGAGUGUAAAUAUAAUUUAUCUUUAAGCUAUCAUGUCUUGAGCAAAGGUCUCUAUUGUUUUUCUACGUGUAUUUUACACGCUCGCGUAAGUUCAUUUUUGCUAAAAGCUUUAAAAUAGGAUUUUAAUUAUGAAAAAAUCAUUUUUUUUUUUUUUUUUUUUUUAAGGUUAUGCAUAGGAAACGUAAAGUUGACACUUGUGAUUUUAUUAGCGCGUAUGUGACAGCAUUCAUUUACACUUUUGAAUGAUUGUGGCACAUGCUUGUUUGAUUACCUAAUCUAAUUUAUCACAUUCCGUGCUUGCUCGUAAAGAGUGUUACACAUAAAUUUUAGUUAACAUACAUCGAUUUUCCUUCUUUUUUAUUACAGACAAUCAAUUAAAUGAUUGUACUUGAAAGUAUGGCUUUUCAAAAUACAAAACUAAGACUGCAGCUUUCAGAUUAAUAACUGUUAGCAAUGUAUUCGGGAGUAAAAUGUAAAACAAUCAAUAACGCAAUUAUUUACGAAUACAUGGCAUUUAACAGUACAUAAAAGCAUCUUACAUGAUUUUCUGCAAUUUUAUCUUUCCACGUUUUCUUACUAACAACAAAUUAUUGAAAAAGUUGUAAAAACAACAUUUAUAAUUUUAGUGGUGCAUAUAUAGUUGUUAAAUUAUGGCAAAUUUAGAAAAUUACCCUAAAAAGGUUUCGUUCUCAUUCUCUACAAAUAAUUUCACGCGUCUCAAUUUGUAUUAAACAUUUUAUGAUUAUGUUUAUCAUUGUAAAAUUCUUUAUUUUAUUGUUAAUCUUAGAGUGCAUUUU